CACCACCUUUCCUUAAACCAUACAAAGUGUAUGUCUCUCAAAACAUAAACCAUCUCUCUCUCUCUCUCUCUCAAAAAAAAAAAAAAAAAAAGAAAAGAAAAAUCCCAUGGCUCAGGUCCAAAACGGCCAAGAUGUUCAUGGAAUUAAGCUUUUCGGGAAAACGAUUACACUGCAGAGCAGAUCAUCACAAGUUAAAGAAGAACCCAUAAAAGAUGAUCAAAUGGUGGAGAAGCGGCCAGAUAGGAUCAUACCAUGCCCAAGAUGCAAAAGUAUGGAGACUAAAUUUUGUUACUUCAAUAACUACAAUGUUAAGCAGCCUAGAUACUUCUGCAAGGGCUGCCAGAGGUACUGGACGGCCGGCGGGGCCCUACGGAACGUGCCUGUGGGGGCCGGGCGACGGAAAACCAAGCCGCCUUGUCAGGGGAUGGCCGGGUUCCCGGAGGGUUGUAUAUAUGAGGGUUCAGAUGUGGUGCACCAGUUUGAGUUGGAUGGGGUGGUGGAAGAGUGGCAUGUGGCGGCAGAACAAGGCGGUUUUCACCAAGUUUUCCCGGUGCUGAAGAGGCGGAGGAGCGGCUCAGGUGGUCAACCAUGCAGCUGAAUCAUCAUAUUGUCCUAAUUUAUUCUUCCACAAUAUUCCAUAUAUAUUAGUAACUUCAAGAAAUUGAAAAAAUAUGUGUAUUGUGAAUUAGCCUAAUGGUAAUUAUUGGUGUGUGUGUAUACAAAUUGGUAUUGCAAUCUUUCAUCCCUAUAUAAUUAAUGUGUGGAUGGCAUUAAUAUCGUCGGAAAAGAAAAAAAAUCACAGAAAUUAUUGUGGAAUCGAACUCAAUCAUGCAAAUGAGCACAUAAAUAAAUAU